GUUCGUUCAAUUUGGCCAAGCCAUCGCUGUCUGUUCGCGUUGCGUGCAUGCUCGUUGUGAUGCUUUUCUUGUCUUCUCCCGCUUGUUCGUCUAUUUCGUUUUGCUUACUUGCUCUCCAGAGUGCAUGCGCAUUUGCUGUCACACGUCUCUUAGCCGCAAGCGACCGGCUCUGACAGGCGCUGCAUACGCUCUAAAGUCAAUACCCUCGCUUCUCUUGUUUUUGUUUCCAUUCUUCCGCGCGCGCGAGGCCUUUCUGACCUCGUUCCCUAACAGUCCCAUCUGAAGACCAUUCUACACCAACUCGACCCGAGAGACUGGGCGACCGCAUGGACUAGCGGGUCCGUUUCAAAGCGAACACAACUGUCUUGACCUACCGUACGAGUACGAGUCAAGGGACUCGAGAGACAUACAGUCAGGUGCAAGACUUUUCAAGACUACUUUUGAAUGUUCAUGGCUGCCGUCAAGCCAUCUUUCGAAGCCGAAGACUCUGGAAUGGGCAGAGGGGCUGAAGAGAGCUCGGCAGCAGUCAAGUUCACCACCGUCAACGGCAACAAGGGCGCUGCCAGCCCUUCUCAGACCACCUCGUUUCGACCAGACCCUUCGGCCCUUGUAAUUCCUCAUCAACAUCAAGCCCUUCCUGGACAAGCACCUCCAUUAGAACGGAAACAGAAACCUCUGUUUGUUGAUUCCGAGGAUAACAGACCGAUAUUUCACGAAGACCCGCCUUUCCGCUCUCCUGCGAACCAAUCCACACGCGCAGGAAAGCGUAAAAGGUCUGGUGAAGCCUUUAACACUUCUCCCGAGUUCGCCUCGCCGCCUCCUCAACGCGAAGAUACCUUCCAGCAACCGAUCAAGACGAGGUCACCCACACGGAGUCUGCCACCACUGAUGCAGCUUCAAGAAGGCGAACCACAGCAUGCGCUCAGAGACCAAGUGCCAAGUUGGCGCCAGCAGCGACUUAGCCCAGGCCAAACAGAGAUGCAACUUGAAGAUGCUAUGCGACGAGAUUCGCACAUGCUUCAAACUCGCCACGAUCAACAUGAUGGAAGCGACAGUCCCCAGAUGGAAGCUGACAUGCAGAGCGAACAAGAAUCAGAAAUGCAGAACGACUCGCUCAGUGGGCGGAAAGGGCCUGCCCAAAGAAGGCGCUUCUCGCAAAGGACCAAGACGGGUUGCCACACUUGCCGCCGACGCAAGAAGAAGUGUGACGAAGCGAAACCACAAUGUACGAAUUGUACACGUGGAGGAUUUCCAUGCGAAGGCUAUGGCCCCAAACACGAGUUGAAUGUCAAGCUUCCAUCCAAAACAGUUCCGUUGCAAGCCAAAUCGGUCGAAGGGCAUGCGUUCCCUGCUCAUCGACAAUCGGCGCCAGGCGCUGCGGCUGAACACUGGCUUGAAGCACAGCGACGCUUCUCCUACGAUGCUCGUCCUCAACCUUUCAGUGACAACAUUCGUUACACGCCAAACAAUGGGCCCCGGACCAUCGCGCCGCCAGAACAUGAAUCACCUUUCCCAUCUGAUCGCUUUUCUCGGUCCAACCACCCUGACAAGCCUCGCGCGCCUCCCUCAUCCUCCCGAUUUGGGAUGUCGGCGCCUAGCAUUAUGACCGAGACCAACGGCGGUAGCUUGUCGCACAGCAGUGGCGCAGGGACUACCAGCUUGGGCAGUGCCUUUGACACGCCUAGAGCAAUAUUGGCAACUCGUCUUGCCAUGAACCCGCCUCCAGGGGUAUAUCAUUCCUCUGGUCCCAGCGAAAAAGACAACAUGCUCAACGGGAGAGACUACCGCCACUUUACUGAUCCAGAACUUUUGAGCGAUCGAGCAUGGUGUCGGCUAGCGAUCGAGAGAUACAACAAAGCCUCAAAGCCAUCCUUCGAUAUCGACAUGGACGGACGCAUGCGACUAUUUCGACAGAUCCUCCAGCCAGAUCGUCUGCUGCACCAGGCAGACUCGCGCAACCAUCCCAUCGGUACUAUUGGUUCCAAGAUUUUGAUCGAAGCACCAUUCAAGUGCGAGUACGGAUACAACAUACAUAUCGCCGACAACGUCGUCAUACAGGCUGGCUGUGUCAUGUAUGACCCUUGCGCUAUCACCAUUGGGCGUGGCACAAUCGUUGGCCCAAACGUUAAAUUCUAUGGACUUGGACCAGACACAAGGCUCGACGCAAGAGUGCGGAACGGAAGUGACGGCAAGUUGCGUGGAGGCAAGAUUAUGAUCGAGGAGGAUUGUUUUAUUGGUGGCGACGUCGUGAUCAUGCCAAAUGUGAUCAUUGGAAGAGAAUGCGUUGUCGAGCCUGGUACCGUCGUCAGCAGUAACAUCCAGCCUGGCAAAGUCGUCGCCGGCAACCCAAUGAGGAUCAUUCGUGAUGUCGUACCGAUACCGAACCAAGAAGAAGAAUACAAUCGUGUCGAACCCUCCAUGCUGGGAAGCUUGUGGCCAGCGGAGCGAUCGUACAACCGUGAUGCUCGUAUGGGCAUGUGAAAUCAACAUAAAUAUUGAAAGAGGAGGAACAAAUGGAUCACGAAACAUGAUAACAUGAGGCAUUUCAACUUAGCGAGGAGUCAUGGAGUGUCAGCGACUGGCAGACCAGCCGGGCAGAGCCAAGAUCUCUUCUUCAUUUACAUCGUCAUCUUUUACGAAUAUCAAGCAUGAGACCCUGGAGUCUGUAACCUGAAUCUGACCAACUCCUCUUCCAUUUGCGACUUUUCUUGCUCAAGCAGUUCAAUUUUCUCUCGUAGGGCUUCCGUCUGCUCUUGAGCGCCAACACUCAGCUCUUCCAUGAUUUUGAUAACGCGCCAAAGACGUAGGAUAAUAACCAGUGAAGCGACCUCUUCAAGAAGACCGCGCAGGAGAACAUCGAUGAUGAAGCUGGCCACAAUGACAGUAGCGUCGA